AUGCCACAAAUGUCAGAGAAAGACCACGAAGACCUAGAGUCCGGUCGCUUCCAUUUCAGACGAGGCGAAUCAGCGGACGCGAAGCGCGAACAAAUCCGCAAACAGGAGGAAGAGCAAGACCGACUCGCGAGCGAGUUCUCAGAGCACCACCGACGCUAUGGACGAUCGGAGCUCAAGGUCUUCCAGACCCUCGUGGGCAUCCAUUUCACCAAGUACGGUGGCGGUGGACUCGUCGAUCGCCAAAAGCCACCAGCAAGUGUCUGGCGCGACAUCCUUCGGCCGUCCAAAGCAGCGGAGGAGCGCUUCCGCAACCGGGGACUUUACGAUCGCGCUCUGAGCCAGGAUAUGAAGAAUCGCGUGAUGUAUUCGGUCUCGAAUUACCUCAUCGUGAGCUUGUACUUGCUUCAGAUUCUGGUCGCCGCGACCCUUACCGCUCUCGCGGCAGGCGAGCGUUCUUCCAACACUGCCCUCACAGUGCUGGGCGCGAUCAACACCGUAGUUGCAGGAGUCCUCGCAUGGCUCACUGGACAAGGCAUGCCUGUCCGCUUCAGGAGGGCUCGAGACCAGUACCGAGAAGUCGUCAAGGCCAUCGAGGCUUCCGAGCGAGUAUUUGCGACCAUUGAUUUCCUCGAAUGGGGAGAAGGAGAGCGACCGCAUCCAAUUCAGGAGCGGGACCGGCUGGAGAGGCUGUACGAGGAGGCGAGGGAGGACCAGGUCGCCAACUACCCGCAUGCGCAGAACGGUCCGAGCCAGAACCAGGCACAAGCGAAAGCCGUCGAGCUGGAGGAUAAGGUCGCCAAGCACAAGGAGCAAAAGAAGGAGUACAAGAAGGAGCUCAAGGCUCUGCAAAAGGAGCUAGAUGGCGUUCGGCGGGGCGUUGUCGAUAAGGUCGAAGAUGCCUUUGCAGAAGGCAGCGAUGCUGUCAGAGGGAGCGUCGCGAGCACGGCAGUCGGUUACUCAGGUAAUGGGAAAGCUCACAUGUAG